AUGAAAGGUAGACAAGGCAUCAAUGGACCCAAUGCCAAUGGAGGCAACCACCCAACAGGACCUACCAUUCGACCUCAUCAAAUGACGCCUCAAGAGCUUCAUGAAGCGCAGAGUCCUCAAGAUCAAUUCUCACCUGAUAUGAAUGAAAAUACCAGUGGAGAUGGAGUAUGGGGAAACAGACAAACAUUCAGCAACAACAGAAAUAACGAAAUGGACAUUACAGACGAAACAGACCCUCUUUCCAGAUCUCAACAACUACAGCAGCGCAGCACUCAGCAACAACCGCCUCAACCGAGUGCCUGGGACAAGAUUCGUUCUGAAAAUUUGCCCAACAACACAUGGUCAAGAAUUCGAAUGGAAGCUCAGAAGAAUCCCGAAAGUGCCGUCGAUAUUGAAAAGGCAAAGGCUGCUCGACUGAAUAAACUACGUGAGAAUUCUGAUUUUGGAAAUAGUGGGGAAAGAGAAAUACCCCGUACGAGAGAAGAAGCUUUGGAGCGAGGCAGUACUUCGAGACGGAAUCAGUGGGGAGAUCCAUUAGAGUAA